UAACUGCCCCUCACAAGAAAAAGACUCCGGCUGACUUCCAGCCUAUAAAUAGGCUGUAUGUAAGCAUGUGUUAUUUCUAUUCCAGUUCCAUAAGACACAGGGCAACGCAACAGUAACAGAAGCAAAAAAUUUAAAGUGAAAAAAAAUGGCGGAAUCGAAUGGGAAUUCAGAAACUCAAUUUCAAAUUCCGAAAAUUAAGUUCACAAAGCUGUUCAUCAAUGGUGAAUUCGUCGAUUCCGUUUCAGGAAAUACGUUUGAAACGAUAGAUCCAAGAAAUGAGGAGGUUAUUGCAAGAAUUAGUGAAGGUGACAAGGAGGAUGUUGAUUUGGCUGUCAAAGCCGCCCGUGAAGCUUUCGACAAUGGCCCUUGGCCUCGCUUAUCCCCCUCGGAGAGGAGAAGGAUAAUGCUGAAAUUCGCGGAUUUAAUGGUAGAAAAUGCAGAGGAAAUAGCAGCAUUGGAUGCAAUGGAUGCAGGGAAGUUAUUUGUUCCUGUAAAGAACAUGGACAUUCCAGCUGCAGCCGAAGUUAUUCGCUAUUAUGCUGGUGCAGCCGAUAAAAUCCAUGGAACGACUCUCAAAAUGUCACGCGAGUUACAAGGAUACACAUUGCUCGAACCAAUUGGUGUUGUCGGACACAUUAUUCCUUGGAAUUUCCCAACUCAGAUGUUUGUUAUGAAGGUUGCCCCUGCAUUAGCAGCUGGUUGCACUAUGAUUGUCAAACCUGCCGAACAAACUCCUCUUUCCGCUCUCUAUUAUGCUCAAUUGGCUAAGCAGGCAGGUGUUCCCGAUGGGGUGAUCAAUGUCGUAACAGGAUUUGGUUCUACUGCUGGUGCUGCACUUUGCUCGCAUAUGGACGUAGACAAGAUAAGCUUCACAGGUUCGACAGAAGUAGGACGUCUAGUAAUGCAGGCUGCAGCAUUAAGUAAUUUAAAACCUGUCUCGCUAGAAUUGGGAGGGAAGUCGCCUUUUAUAGUAUUCGAUGAUGUAGAUGUUGACAAAGUUGCACCACUUGCCCUAGUUGGAAUCCUAUACAACAAGGGAGAAAUUUGUGUUGCUGGAUCUCGUCUUUUCAUCCAAGAAGGUAUUUACGACAAAUUUGUCAAGAAAUUGGAAAAGAUGGCGAAAACAUGGGUGGUUGGUGAUCCUUUUGAUCCAAAUUCUCAUCAAGGACCUCAAGUUGAUAAAAAACAGUAUGAGAGAGUACUUUCGUACAUUGAAUAUGGCAAGAGGGAGGGUGCAAAAUUGCUAACGGGGGGCAAUGCAUUGGAUAGGAAGGGUUAUUUCAUUGAGCCAACCAUAUUUAUUGAUGUUGAAGAUGAUAUGACAAUUGCAAAAGAAGAAAUAUUUGGACCUGUACUGGCAGUAAUGAAGUUCAAGACGGUAGAGGAGGUGAUCAAGAGAGCUAACUGUACAAAUUAUGGACUAGCAGCAGGUGUUAUGACCAAUGACUUGAACAUUGCUAACACAGUUUCAAGAUCGAUUCGAGCUGGUGUUAUCUGGAUAAACUGUUACUUUGCUUUCGAUCCGGAUUGCCCAUUUGGAGGAUACAAAUGCAGUGGCUUUGAAAGAGAUUUGGGAAUGGAAGGACUUCAUAAGUAUCUUCAAGUUAAAUCUGUAGCCACUCCUAUUUACAACUCUCCUUGGUUGUAAAUUUGCAGAAAGAUUUUUACUAUAUGCCAUAGUAUCUCUCAUGUUAUACCAUAUGACCAGAAAAUAAUUUUUUCUUGUUGGUUUGAUGUCUUUGGAUUUUGGGCUAUAGAAAAAGUUCAGUUG